CGGAAGUUGCGGAGGCAAGGGCCAAUCGGCAUCCAAUGAGACAGGAUGAUUUGUCGACGUCACAGGCGAACCUGAGUCGAAGAACGGUUCCUGCUGAUGCGAACCACAGCCCAUAAGGCUGUUACUUCCUCGGCGGCAUUGAUAAUUCUCCCUUGCUCCUUUCUGCAUCUUCCUGCUUGCCUUCUGCAAGAGAGGUAUUGUCAGAUUCCUACGAGGAUCUGUGUCUGCGCCUACGACUCUAAUGGCCUGGCUUCCGUCCAUUCCGUAUCCGCCUUCUAGGGAUGGUUAUUGGCACCCUGUUACUUCGACUUUGAACUGGUGCGAAGAGGACUAUUAUGCUACAAUCUACUCUGCGGAGAUCGUCAAUACCUUGACGAAUCUCUUGUUCAUGAUGCUAGGAGUGAAAGGCAUUCUUAGCUGUCGGCGCAAUGGGCACGAUACAAUUUUCCAGGUGGCGUACUAUGGGUACAUCGUGGUUGGUGCCGGCAGCUUUUUAUUUCACUCAACACUGAAAUACCCAAUGCAACUAGUCGACGAGUUGUCUAUGAUUUACACCACAUGCCUGAUGUGCUACGCUUCGUUCUCCUACUCAAGAUCAGUCAGCUACCGAAUCUUCCUGGCUCUGUUCCUCUCUGCCCUGGCUGUCUUCAUCACUCUUUACUAUCAUUACCUCCAAAACCCAGUAUUUCACCAGAAUGCAUACGCCCUUCUUACUGCCAUCGUGCUAGUACGGAGUAUGUACACAAUGGAGGUGGAACUCCGCCCUUCGCGGCGGCAUACAACCGAGGAGGACCGGCUCGAACGGAAAAGGCAGGGCCUCCCCGUCCUCUCCAAGGAAAGACAACACUACGAGAAUGUCCGGGACUUGAAGAUUUUGAAAACAAUGUGGUUCAUGGUUGGCUACGGACUAAGUGUCUUUCUGGGCGGGUUCGCAAUCUGGAACCUGGACAACUAUUUCUGUAGUACAAUACGAGUGUGGCGUCGAGAACUCGGCCUUCCCUGGGGCAUCUUGCUUGAAGGCCAUGGUUGGUGGCAUGUAAUGACCGGUACCGGCGCAUACCUUUACAUCGUAUGGGGUAUUUGGCUACGGCACUGCCUGAACAAACGCCAAGAGGAAUACCAAUUAUGGUGGCCGCAUAUCUGGAACACGCCUGAGAUCGUGCGAACCUUGACCGACGCAAAUGGAUCGGCCAAGAAAGUACUUUGAGACACGCUGGUUAAACGCUUUUACCCUCCGCUUUCGACUAUAUAUUUAUACCUUUUUUCAGCGGAAGAGCCUUGUUGUUACGGAGUUGUGUGCGUUGGAUACCUCACUGGCAAGUGGCUAUAGCUUUAUCUGAGUUAUUUUUAGGGCCAGCUUAGCUGAACUGGGCCGCUGAUAGACAUUUCCACUACUGGGUGGUUGAAUUUAGAUAACAUAUAGAAUGAAAUCAGGGAACAAAAGCUUUAUAGAAAUGAUACCCACUCAGG